AUGGUCGAUUGCUCGUCAAAACAGAUAUUCACCUUCGUUAUUGCAUUGUUAGGGUUCUCCAUAUUAAUAUUUUUCAUCGAAGAAUACACGGAAGAGCACGAAAUGCAAAGUGAGAUGGAGAUGAGAAAAGCGUAUUAUGAAAACGAGCAUAAACUGGGCUCAUCGUCUCCGGAGAAGACAACGACGAAAUAUCCUCCAAGCGAUUGUUGGAAAUAUGAGAAAACCGAAAUAAUUUCGCCGUGUGCGCCUUGUAAAGAAUUUGAAAUGAAGGCAAUUAAAGCAGAUCACUGUAUUUCAACCGGAUUCUACACUCGCGUGAACUGCACCAAGUCCAAAAUAACCGUUUUAAGACCUUGCCAAGCGCCAAAGGAAUCCCGUCAAAAGGCUUUCAACAUUUUCUCAAUCAUCAAUCUUCUGAUUCUCGUCUCCAGCUACUUUGCGGCCGUCGAACGAAAGAAAAUCUUGGAUCAAUACGCGUACAGCCGAGUUGCACAAAACUUUUGA